CCUGCGUAGCAGGCGUUUAGUGCGUGCGGGAGAAGAAAGGGCAGCAUGUUAUAUGAUGCAUGGUCUUGCAUGCACGCACGCAUGCACGCACGAUAUAAAACUAGUGUUAUUCCAAACAAAGUGCAUGUGCAUGAAUAUACAAUUAAUAUAUUUUAAAAACCCUGUAUAUUUCAGCCAAUUUUGAUUCAUUUUCAGCAAAUAUUUACAAGAUAAGGCGUAUGCACGUAGCACGUAUGCACCAAUUCCGCACUUUUAUAUAUAUAUAUAUAUAUUGUCUUGCAUUUUGCAUGUAUGAACCACUGGUUUGGACAUAAUGACUCAUGUAGUACAUAUUGUCUUGUAUGUAUAAUGACUCAUUCACUUUUAUGUAUUGACUAUACUGCAUGGCCAUUGCUGAUGCUGAUCUUAUUUUCUCAUAUAUAAUUUUUUUUAUGUUUAUAGUGGUUCUAAAAUGUGUCCUGAGGAUAACACCGCUCUUUCCAUGGAAAACAUUUUCGCAGAUAAUUUCUGUGACCGUGAAAUCAAGGAACUAGAAAUCCUUUGUUCGAACAAAGAUCGAGGGUGUGAUUGGAAAGGUCCUUUGGAAUUUCGUAAGGUGUGUACGUAGUUUUUGUACAGGUAUUUAUUUUUGACUGCAUUUUGUCUUGUCUCCGACACGUUAUAUAAAUGCAUAUGUAUAUUAUUUAUUUCCUGGGCGUGAAAAGUUUGUUCUUGUUUGCAUGUUUGUUAAUUGUGAAAUUACAUCGCACACUUGAGUCUUGAAGUCAUGAUAUAAAAUACCGCUUUACAAUGCCAUUAUAAUAAAACUCGACUUAUUUUCUUCAGUUCAAAGCACUAAAACAAACUCCUUCCUCGUGAACGAUAUGUGACAUGCAUAUAUAAUUAUACUACUUAUUUUCGUCCUAUAAUAUAUUAACACUUUCGCAUUUUUUCGCAAUAGGACCAUAAAACCAAAUGUCUUAAACUGUCGUUGGCCUGUCCGAAGGGAUGCCAAGAGAUUCUGCUUCGUUUUGAAAUGGAAAAUCACUUUGCCAAUGAUUGUCCAUAUGCCGACGCAAACUGUCCAAUGGCCGACCAGUGUGAUUUUCAGGUAGAAUGCGAUCUCACUCAUAUGUUGUGUUUUUUACCACACAUUCACCACGAACUGGUUGUUCUACCGCAGUUUAAAGGCCAGAUAAUCAAGUCUACAUUCCCUACCUCUUCAUGAGUAUUACAGUAAGCAAAUGUAGAAAAUCUCCAUCGUAUCGGGAGGGAUCUUCUCACUUUUCACGCGUGCAUGCCAAUCGGUAAGCUGAGUAUGCGCGAGGGUUCAGGAAUCUUAACCCCCAAGCCCAUGGAAAUAAGCAACUUCUUGUAACGGGGAGGGCGGCAACCACUGCAUAAUGAAUUUUUCGUGUUUUAUGGAUUUUUUAAUCUAAAUCACGGCUGUGUAGUGGAUGGACGCCACCAAAAAUAAUCACCCGUCCCUUAGCAUAGGAGUGUGAAUCUCCUCCCCCUUCCCCACACUUAACAGUAUUAAUGUCAUUAAUCUAGCCUUGAAAAGUGAACUAAUCUGCCGUUAUAUUGAGUAAAUAAUACAACAGCGCACAUUAGAAGCAUUGCUGUUUAAUGGGUUAUAGUUCACUCAUGAAGGGGCAAAGUCAGACUUUUUUCUCUCCGUCAAAUGUAUGACGAAAUAAUAUUACGUAUUUCUUUCAUAAGGGUUCAAGAGCUGAUCUCCGAACACAUUUGGCUGAAAGAAAUGUCGAACACACAUCUAUGGUUCAACAUAAAAUGGAGGCGAUGCAGUCCGCUAUCGAGAUGAUACAAGGCGCACAACAACAACAGCAACAAGAUUUGGAGGAUCAAUUUGCCAACCGGUAUGAAGAAUUGGCUACUGUUCGCAAUGAUCUUGCUACCUUGAGUGAGGCGGUGGAUCGCUAUACGUGCCACAAAGUAGAAGAGAGAACACAGUCGCCAUCAUCAGGGGGGCCACAAGAGGCUGAAUCGCUGGAAGAUGUGAAAGGGCGGUUACGCAAGUUGGAAGAACAAGUUCAAAAUCUCCACCUUCGAGAAAGGCAGAGACGUGAAGCUAAUGAAGCAGUCGUUGACCUCGAGAGAAGAGUGGCUACAAUGGAGCAACAGAAUGCAUUCAUGUUGGAAACAACUUCGUAUGAUGGUGUAUUCCUUUGGAAGAUUGACGACUAUGGCCGACGGCUUAACGAAGCUACGAUGGGUAAGCGUGUGUACAUUGAUAGCCCACCGUUCUAUGUUGGUCGUCCUGGUUACAAAGUUUGUGCCCGCGCGUACCUGAAUGGUUAUGGUUUGGGCAAUGGAACGCAUUUAUCUCUGUUGAUUGUUGUAAUGCAUGGCGAGCACGACGCCCUCCUUCCAUGGCCGUUUCAACAAAAAGUUACAUUCAAGUUGAUCGAUCAAAGUCAAGGUCAGCAUAUCAUCGAUAGCUUUCAACCGAGCCUGCAACCGAAUGUCGCUUCAGGAUGUCCUCUGUUUGUGCCAAGAGCUGUGCUUAAUAACGGUGAGCAAGUCAAGGAAGACGUCAUGUUUGUGAAGGUAACAGUGGACACCACAGGUAUUCCUACUUUCUAAGAACAACAUGACACUUUCGUGUUACGAAAGAUGAUCACGUUUGAAAUCUUUACUACGCAGUAGAAAAUUUGUACUAUAGUUGUAACAAAGUUAAAGAUAUUCCGCGAAAAGAGUGUGCAUAUUAAUUAUAAUACAUAAUUUAUCGAAACUGUAUGUUUCCAAACGUAACGUCAUAACUUCUAGAGGCGUCAUACUGCUGAAGAUGGGAUCAUACAGAUUAAAAAUAUACAGAUCUAAUAAAUUGUGUAUUAUAACUAUAUACGCACUGCCACACAGUCACUUUCUUCGGAAAUAGCUUUAAUUCUAUAUUUGCUGAAACUAGCAGCCAGCAAAGUAUUUUGUAAAGUAGAAAGCCGCCAAUUCUUCGUUUGUACAUGACAUUCAACGUAUCAUUCGGCGCCAUCUUGAUUGAUUCUAAAGUUUACUUUAACUGUUACAGUGAAGUAUAUAGUUAACUAUUUCCUGGUUUGUUUUAAAACGGCUUGUGGUAUUAUCGAUAUACGACCAGGAAUGAGGAACAUAUUCUUUGUCUUAUGACUAUGCUUAUAGUGACUAGUGUGUUUUGAUAUAGUAUGAAAUCAAGAUGGUGCAAUUGUCCAGUGCAAACGUCGACGAAUUCGAGGGUUAAAUUAGAGUGGUGAAAACAUCUAUAUAUAAGCAAAUUUCCUUCAUGAGAAUAUACGCUAUUAGGGUAUUUUAAUUCUAUUUUUCUACAGUUUUGUGUUAUGUGUGAGUAAUGUAACUGUAUUGUUGCAUGAAAAUGAUUUACAGCUUGACGAGAAUUCAUGUGAACUGUACUGGAUUUUAUAUUUUCAUAACAUUUUAUAGUACUUUUUUAUUACUAUAACUCUUUUUUUUACAUUGAGCAACUGUAAAAUAUCAUUGUUUACUAAAACCUGACUAGCCUGACUUUAUUCUUUCUGCUGUUAAUCUGAUGGUGAUAGCGAUUCGAACAGGGUUUCAGAUUUACAGAAUCCUGUUAUCCGCCUGCAUGCAUGGUCAUACCAAAUUUCAAAAUUGGAUAUCAAAUGUCAAGAUACAAUGGCUAGUUUUUUACAGAAAUGUUACAAGCAUGUUGCAAGUCAUCCUUCAAAACUGAGCAUAUUCGAAUUCAUAAAUUGCAGUUACCAGCUUCUAACCUAAAAAUACCAUCAGACAAAAUAUUUUCCCAGCCCGGCAGACUAAAAGUCUGAUUAUUUUCGUCGCCCUAUUGUCGAAUAGGAACUGGACAACAAAGAACAUUGCAAAUUUGAAUAUACGUUAUAUAUAGUUACAAGCCAUAACGAAUAAUCUGGAAAAAUGUGUUUACGCGCAAAUUAAAUAAAGACUUCCGUUCGAGAAUGAUCUGAAAAUAAACUUGUUUACGCGAAAAUUAAAUUUGUGUAUUGUUGCUGUCUUGCUGAUAUUGAAAAAUUUGCGGAAAAUAAUUAAAUAUCCACUUGUGUAUCAUGUGACAGUAUUGUUAUGGCCUUUAAUUGGCUAUGACUAUGUGCUUGAUGACUAUAUCAUAUUAUAUGAACUGUAAUGUCAGCAUGCAGGAAAACCCACAAAGCAUCGCUGCUAAUUGUCUCAUAACGACAGUGUUUAUUUUAUCUUUUGUUCGACACGGUCGAACCAAACCACCUUGACUGACCUCUGUGCUGCAGUGUGUAGGCUACAUAUAUCACGUGAUACUUUUAAUUAUUUUUGUUUUGACAAGGCAUGUGUGGUAUGUAAUAAGCCCAUACCAUACAUGCCUUGUCAAAACAAAAUAAUUAAAAGUAUCACGUGAUAUAUAUUGAAUAAUAUUGUGCGUCAUUCAAGCUUUUGUUCACACAUUAAAGAUGAAAUAGUGCAUGAAAUUCGAGUCGCCGGAUUCAUUCUACGCAACAACAGAUUGGCAACCUUCAGGCUUUUCUAAUUAAAAGGUGUUUGUUGCAAAUAUAGGUCGUCAGCAAAGAAUUGGAAAAAAAUAUUCUAUAUUACUAUAAUAAGGGUAAGUCUAUUUUACUAUUUAUAUAUACCUGCAUGCGCGGCCUGUACCAGGCGAAGAACGUGUGUUGUCUAUCGAAAACUUGAUAUGAAUAAAACGGGUUACUGAAUCGGCUGCGAAAUUAUAUUCACUUCCUGGGGGUAAUGGUAAGAAAGAGAAAAACAUAUUGCAGUGACACUGACUACGGACAUGCCACUUAAAGUCUUAUUUUAUCUUCAAUAUAUUAAGAAAAAAAAACCAACACAUACAUAUAAGGAUUUGAUUCAAGCAUUCAACGAAGGUUUCGUUGCUUUCUCAAUCUAGCAAAUUGACUAGCUACGUCCUCUAGCUUGAUUUCUCAGCUUCAUUUCCGCACGUUCAAUUUUUUUGCUGCAACUUGCAACGCAAUGCAUGGUGACACAGAGCGAAGUUAUGUAGAGAAGGGGGGGAAAUGCGUUCGAUAUUCAUUGAUUCCAUGUCUAAUUGAAAACGUCGCUGGAGUGAAACAAGGGCCAAUUAAGGACCUCUAAUAUAGAUGCCGCCCGCUACAUCCUAAAGUGCUUAUGGCGCAAACAAAUGUAUUGCAGUUUUGAAUGGAGGAUGGCUUUGAAGGAUAAAAGGACAGAAGCCGCAGAAAACAUAACUUGCGAAUGUUUCUAGUACGCAAGCGAAUAAUGAACCUUUGAUUUUUGAGUUUAGAAUAAAUCCCUUAUUUCAGUGCUCCAUGCAUUUAUGGCAUUAUCUUUAUGAAUCACCACGAAUCAUUAUAAAGACAAUAUAACUAUAUAUAAAUGAAUAUGAUAGCCUGAUGUUUAGCCGAUUUUUCAUUUCCACGCUUUCCUCGGCAGUACACAAAAACAAGUGAAAAAUGCGCCAUGUCAAGCGUAGCUGAAAGUGAAAAUCAAAAUUAUUAACAGGUCAGUUAGUCAAGAAGACUUUUAUGAAUGUGAUCUUCGUUUGCUCCGUACUUCAAAACUGGUCAACAUAUACCAAACUGUUCAUGCAGUUAUAUCUAAUGAUCACAAGUUUAAUAAUUUCAGGCUAAAUGAACAGUCUAAACUAGUUGCGUGGUGCGCUCGGCUUUACUGUAAAACGAUCAGAUCCAAAAUUCCCCGAUAAGUCAUGACAAAGCGGACUAUAUGAGUAUAUGGCAACAUCAAUAAAGGAUGAAUAAACGAUCACAUCAAUAAUUAUAAUUGAAUCAACGUAAUAAACGUAUAUAUUACUAUAUAAUGAACGAAUUAUAAAGAAAUACAUUAUUGAAAGUAUAUAUAAUGCACAAACAAUCAUGGGAUCCCCUCUCCAUUUAAGAAUCUUCUGGAAUAACUUAUCUAAGACUAAGCGAAAGAAAAGACUUCCUGGCGGAAUCGAUGACGAAGCACUUUCAGUUUGAACCACAUGCAUGUCUCUGUCUGUGUGUUUGCCUGUUGUCUCUGUCUGUGUGUUUGCCUGUUGUCUCUGUCUGUGUGUUUGCUUGAUGUCUGAAAGUCAGCAUGCAGGAAACUCCAAACGUAUAUACCGAACAGUUUAAUGAUCGUAGGCGAUGGAUAAGUCGUUUAAAUUUUAGUUGAAUCUGGAUAAAAGUGGAUGAAGAAUUUACAAAAGUUUAAUUGUCACGCUUUCCCUGGCUAUGGGUAAAACAUUUUUCGUAACAAUAUAUGCAAGACACUUUCUGUCAGAAACAGAUCUCAAACCGCAUUAGACAAAAUGUAUAUGGUUUGUUCAGUUAUAGGUCAAGAUACUGUGAAGUCUUUGAGAAUAAAAACCUAUAUAUAAUGUACUGUAGAUCAAAAUGUAAUUAAACUACAGAUUAUACUAUCACAAGUGAACUCCUGUCUUAUGAAUGCAGGAUUUUGAUACAAAAUUAUGGUAAAACAAUAACACUGAUAGUCUGACAUAAAACAACGCGUUUUUGGAUGGAAUCCACGAACUGCAGUAACAGGAAUUACAGGAAUUGCAGAAUUUUCAGGAACAAUAUUGCUUGCCAAAAAUUACAGUUGGUUCAUAACUAAAAAAGAAAGCUUUUGAUAAAAAAAAAAAGAUUAUUAGGCUAUUCGCUCUCCUUUGUUUAUGCUAUAUACGUGUACUUAAAGAAUGAACUAAUUUAUUCAAGCAUCAUGCAAUCAACGGUGUAAAAUAUUCAUACGGACUUGUUCAAACUUGCCCUACACGCGAUCUUAUUGGUUGAUAUUCAAGUGCAAAUUCAAUGCAAACUGCAUGAUAUGAUGCAAAUUACUGUAAAACGCCGGAAAAGCACAAAACAUCACUACAACAGGUCUGCUCAAUGAGUUGGUUCAUUCGCACAGAAGAUCUCGAAUGUAUUAUUAUUAUAUAGAUCCAUUCAAGACUUGGCAAAGCACUAUAAAACGUUGAAAUUUAUUCGGAAGAAAGGGUAAGUCUGAUAUAUAUGUGCUAAUGUAUUCUUUUCUUUGACUUCGCCGGUGAGAUAUGAAAUAUGUAACGAUUAUUACUUGGGUAAGACCACUUGCACGUGUUGAUUCAAGGGUAAAAAUAUCUCGGUAACAAAUAUGCAUCAUGGGCCUUAAAGCUGUGAAAAAGUAACUAUACCUCGAACACAUCCGACAGACAAUAUGCGUUUUAUACUUAGUUGAACGUAGAGCGAAAGAUGUUAAGGUUAUCUAGUAAUAGUUUUUAAGCCGUCACAUUCAGGUUUUAAAACGAGAAACGAAAGUAGUCAGGUUAAAUAUCGCUCUAUUAAAAAGGUUUACUCGGCCAAAAAUUUCGUGCAAGUGUAAAAUUGUACAGUAAACAGUGAGUGUUUAUAAAUUCUAUCGCUUAUUGAGUGCCUGUUUGAAAAUUAUAACGAUUAUUGCCGUAUUACUGAUAAGGAAUUUGACAAUAUUUUUACAUUGAUUUCAGGAUUUCCUUAUACCGUCGGCGUCGGUAAAUUUAUAUAUGUAAGGAAGGCAACUGCUUUCAUGAUAUAUAUUUUUUGCAAUUUAUUCGUUAGUCUUUUAGAUUACUUUCCAUACGGGUUUUUAGAGCCAAAUGUCAAGGAAACAUUACAGGUUUAAUUAAGCCGCUUCGCUUCGUCGCUUUGUGUCGCCAUGUCAUCGUUCCCUAGGAGUAUAUUUUCGCGCCAAAACAGGGAAGCAGCCUUUUUGUCAUACAAUGUUUAGUUGGACCACUAAACAUUCCUUCCUCCCGCUUUGAUCCAAAAUUAAUAAUGAAAUGAAAACCUUGCAGCAACUACGGGAUUUUUAGUAACACAAUACAUCACUGGUUUAGUAUUUAUUUAUUUAUAUUAUUCAUCUUUUUGGCGGGAAAAUGAUUGUACUUUCCCGCCAAAUAACAUAAUUAUGAUAAUCACUUGCGACAUCGCUCAGGAUGGCCGCUCGACGACUAAACAACACAACAGGGAUUCGGUACAAAGCAGGUUUUGGGUCUGUAAGAUUGUAGAAAUGUCAAAUUGCGUUGAAGAGCGAAUAGUUUGUUUCAGCGUGUUUCAGUUGUUCUACCGAAUACAGAAAUACUACCGAAACCGUUCCUUCCUUUACGAGGCAACUAAAUAUAAACUAGUCGAAUUAACUGUUCUGUUUCAUUUUCACUUACUAACAUUCUUAGUUGAAUUUCCUACUGCUUGGAACUACUCACUUUAUGCGUGUAUAUCUGGCGUCAACAAGGGGAAAAGCUUAGUAGAAUUUGGCUCCUUUGCAUGAAAAAUAAAUGUAUAUGCAUGUGCAUGCAACACCGCGGUCAAACGUUCGCUCGUAUUUACUGCGUGCACUCGGAAGACUGGGAAUAGUAUUGUCUUCACAAGCUCUAGCAAAAAGUUUAAAGAAAAUUACGCGUGUUUAAACUCAGGAUAACUUCGUCUUGACAAAAGGGAAAAGCGAUGAAAUGCCCAAACUUAUAGCUUCAACCAUUCCUUGUAGUAAAUGCGUUCCUUUUCCCGUAUUUGCCCCGCCAUUUCCAUACUCGCGCAUGCGCUUUAUGUUUGCAUUUUCCACAUGCCACAGUAAAAAACCUAAACCAUACCAUAUUUGGUAUUGUUAUAUUACUUUGAUCUAUUUAUACUACAGCGACUGAGGACGGACGAGCCAGGGCUAUUAUACCGCAUCAUCGGCCUUCAUUGCCCAUGCCGAAUGCGGAACUGGAAGCGAUUUGCUGAAAAGCUACCAAAGCGGUGCAGUUGAUUAAGAACGUGUGAACUUUGUAAGUGGGAAAAGUAUUUAAUGAAAGCUGGGCUCUUUCAUGAACAAAUGUGUUUUUAUUCUAGAUUUGCCAAGCCUUGGUAAAAGCACUUAUAUAUCCGUUGCCAUUGGCAUUGCCGGCAGAAACUAUAUUGUUAAUCUGGUAAGUCUGACACGUACUUAUGUUUUCAUACUAAAAGGUAAAUCAGAGUUAUGUCUAUCUUGAAAUUUGCAGCAGGCAGAUAAUAUGCGAUUCUUACCUAGCCCAUACGCUAAGUCUUAGCGGAGCUGAGUUUAGUCGCAAAAGCAUAUAAGCGGAGUUUAGUUAGUCACAUGCUUUAAGGACGACAAUACGGAAGACUUCAGGCUCAAUGUUAGGGUAGUGCAGCCCCAAAAACUGCAUAUUAUACUGCCAAUGUAGAUGUCUUGCAUAAUAAUUUCUGUCUGCGUAUGUGUACAGUUAUCAGUACGCCAUUGAAAAUUGACAUUAGUACGAAAAUCGUCUUUUUGUAAAAAUACACGUGGCACAUGCACUCUUGCAUUCCAGUCAUUCCAUUUAUUUAGCAAGCACGAAUUAGUAAUAUACCGAAAGAUAUAAGGCGCUGGUUUCACUAUAUACAGAUAGCUAUAUUCCUAUAAUUCUUUUAACAUGCAUGUAAUGUUUUAAACCAUUCCUGUCCGAUUAUUUUGUGUCUCGAAAAUGUUCAUUAUACGAAAUAUUCAAGGACAAGGUCAAGGGGAAAGUAAUUUCCCCUUUUUAUGGAGGGACCGCUCGCAGUCAAUUUUGCGCGGGCGUAUAAACAACAAGGUCAUAAAGACAAAGAAUACAAAACUUUGAGUCAAAAACUUUAAAUAGACUUUUCCGUACAAGCAUUGCCAUUGGUUAACUUCCAAGUCUGCAUGAUACUACGCAGCACAUGCAUGCAGCUGUACAAUUAGCACUUGAAUUUCGUCUUUAUGAAAAGAUGUAUGAAACACUUAAUUAACCAUCUUCAAAUAUAACUUAAUGCAUGAUUAUGAAAUAACUUAAUGCUGUAGACAUAAGUCGUGUCUGCCAUACAGGCUAGCCUUGGCCUGACCUAGGCCAGGAAAUCUGGGCCCACUACAACCGGUGGCCUGGCCUAGGCUUGUGGAAAUGUAAACACUUUCGGCCCUGGCCUGGGCCUUAUUUUCAUGGCAACGUGUGCCCACAGUGAGAGAUUAGCGGAAAACCAGCGGACAACGUCACAACACAUAAAAAUACACAAAAUUGAUUAUAAAAUUCUAGGCCAAAGUGAGCCAGUCUCAAAAAAAAAUAGUGUAUAUAAUGGUGUAAACGCGCCACAUUUACCUUGGCCAAGGCCAGGCAAAGGAUAGUAGUGUAAACACGACUUUAGUCACAUAAAAAGCUUGCAGUUUGCGUCUCAAAUGACUCUGCAUACUUCAAACGCAUGGGAUAUGGCAGAUUGCAUGAUUUUCUGCACGUAGUGUAACUAGCCAAUCAAAUCGCUCGCAUUUCCCGCUCAGACACAGCAGCAAAUGAGAUACUGUCGGAAAUUUCAGGAGAAGGAUGGAUGGCUCGGAGCUUUAUUUAGGGCAACGAUACCGCGAUCUGUAUCUGAUAUACAAACUCUCGCCUUCGGCUCGAUCAGAUACAGAUCGGCUGCUCAUGUUUUAUCUAGUACAUAAGGCACAACAUUGUAAUUUGACUCUAGCUUUGGCUCAUUGCAGAAAAUGCUUAUAUUUGUCUUCACUUUAACACGAGGGCUGCCAAUGAUAUGGCGGCAUUUUUCAUAAAUGUUUUCUUAAUGUACAAAGAACCUAUAUACCGCUAAUAGAAUUAGACACACGCACUUGGAUUCAUUUGUGUUAUACAGGGUGUAUCAACUGAAAACUGAACAGAUUUAAAAUUGCUCUCAAUUUCGCAAAACAGCUAUUUGUAUCCGUUUUUUAUAUAUAUGGCCUCUUUGGAUACUUAUAAUGUAGAAUAAUGAGAAAAAUUUCUCACACUCAAAUUUUGUGAACCAGGGGGGGGGGGUGUCUUUUCCAACAAACUAAAAAUGGCUCGCGCACAAAAUUUAAAAGCUGCAAUCAUAUUUUGAGUUAACAGAUGGAAAAUUUGUCGGGAUUUUAAUUACUGUACAAAAUUUCAGACAAUUUGGUUUAGUUUAAGCCCCUUAACUAUUCACGCAAAGUUACAAUUUUCCCUAAAAAUCAGCUAUUUGCAUGCUUAAUUAACGCAUUUGCCUAAUUUGCAUAUGUCAGCAAUAUGCAAAUUAGGUAAAGGCAUUAAUUAAGCAUGCGAAAGGCUGACUUUUUAGAAACUAAACCAAAUUGUCUGAAAUUUUGUACAGUAAUUAAAAAUCCGACAAAUUUUCAAUCUAUUAACUCAAAAUAUGAUUACAGCUUUUAAAUUUUGUGCGCGAGCCAUUUUUAAUUUGUUGGAAAAGACACACCCCCCCCUGGUUCACAAAAUUUUAGUUCGAGAAAUUUUUUUCAUUAUUUUACAUUAUAAGUACCCAAAGAAGCUAUAUAUAUAAAAAACCACAUACAAAUAGGUGUUUUGCGAAAUUGAGAGCAAUUUCAAAUCUGUUCAGUUUUUUUUGAUACACCCUGUAUAUUGAGUAUUCAUGAUUCCCAGUUACAUUCAGUUACAUGUUUUGAAACAGUUUUUGUGGGUGGUUGGGUGAAACAAAUCUUUGCCAUAACUUACGAGCCUCUAAAUUCAAAAUUUGGGGGCACCCCCUACCUGUAGCCCCCACCCAGAAUCGAGUUUGUCUGGCCCCACCCAAUCACACCUUUAUUCUGCCACCUAUCAUACAAAUUAAGAGUCUAUCAUAAUUUACAACGUUAACUAUAAAUUUACAACGUUAAAUAUAGAUAAAAAUCCUUUGUCCCCCAAGUCAAACACGUGAUUCUUCGUAUAACAUCCCUAAUAUGUGCAGUUCUAAAUUUUUCUUAAAAUAAACGCUGGGUUCAAUGACCUGAAAAAUACAAGUAAAACUUCUAUGUUUUGAGCAAAUCCUUCGCUUGAAAUUUUUCAGGUAGUUGAAUCCUUUCAGAUUCCACAGCUUUAUUCUGGUGUUAUUGACUUAUUGCCAAUACCUACAGACUGUUUGAGUUUUUUGCAACAAUUUCAACAUACAUACAUGUAUAGUUCAUGAAAAAUAAAAACAUUUUCCACCUCUGCUUAGAACUAUUUUUCUCUUCCUGAAGAUAUUGCAUGGUUGGGUGUAUAUACCUCCAAAAAGCGAGCGAUUUCUGCGAGUUCACUAAUUUGCAUCUGUUACUAGAAGAAAAUCACCUACAAAAUUGCUAGGGAUAUGACGAUACCAAAUACUCGAUACUAUCGAUACCAGGGUUUUGAUAAGUUCUAUUAAAGUAUCGACACUAGCAAGAAAUAUCGAUUGUUUCGAUACUUCUGAGCCUCUGAUAUUUUUCAUUUUGGUCAGCGGCCUUGUCAUUAAAAUGAUACCAAAAAGCCUAAACUGGUGUAAAUACUAUAAAAGUAGUUCAUUUUCUAUGGUGACAUAAUGGUCCAUGGAAGGAUGGGAGUUUCUGGUUAUGUUGGUUGCAAUCACUGACAUAUAUUAUUUAGACCAAAUAACUCAAAAUGUUAUAACGCUUCUAAAUAUUUAGAAAGUAUAAACUAGGAUCAAAGUUAUCGGUCAGUGAAAAUCAAAAAUCAUGUUGCGUUGUCGAAUCGUGUCUGGUGUGUCCGGACCUUUAAGUAAAGACAAUAUUUUCAAAGGUUGACAUUAAUAAUAUUAUCAUAGGUCUAGCUAGAUGCGCUGAAGUUAGGAUUGAGAAUUUAUACAGUGUUACAUUAAUAUUAAAGCAUUUUUAUCCUUGUUGUGGAACUUUUUUUUGUACUUUGCAUUUAUAUUGUCCAUAGGCAUAGAAUUAUAACGUGCAAAUCAAAGUGUACUAAACAGUCAAUAGUAUUGCCCGGGGGUGGGGAUAUAGACCCAAUUUGCUUGCCCAGGGGUGGGGUUUUCUUCUUUCCCUGGGGUGGGGACAUAGCCAUUUUCUUUCCAGAAAUGGCUAAUUCCGGGGGGGGGGGGCACCGCUGCAUGGAAUUGAUUGAUACAUAAGUAUGACAUAAGCUAGUUUAACAUGAUAUUUUCAUAGAUAUCUUAUAUAGACUAGAUAGAGCAUCUCUUUUAGUAAAAUUGAAGCCAAGAAUAUUCCAGCGGUUACCCCCAUUUGAAUAGAUGGCAGCCAUGUUGGUGUUUCCCACUCGCUAAUAAAUACUUAAAAAACAACAAUAACUUUCGUCAUUUGAAUAGUUUAAAAAUGUAAUAGGUUUACCUUAAUAUUUAAGUUCUUUGUUUAAGAAAUAGAAACAAAUCUUCUCAUUUCAUGGGAAUAUCCUGAGUCUGCAAUCACAGCUUCAAUUUUUGAAUUGUAGAUUAAUUAGAUGCACUAUCUAGUGUAUAUAAGAUAUCUAUGGAUAUUUUCAGGGUGUUAGCUAGCCCAUAUACUGUCCGUUUGACCGACUCUUCCCAAUUGAAGUAGCUAAGGAGCUUUCCCAACUGCCCGGUCUACUGGAAGAUUUUCAUUUUUUUCUGAUGAGAAAGUGCAUUGCGUUUGAUUUUACAUCAAUUGUUAUAUCAAAGAACGUUUUAUUUACUUUUUCCCAUUAACUAUUUUCUCAAAACGUAUCACGUUUCAUUCAUAUUGGGUGUGUAUUCACUGAAAUGAAAUGUACAAAACAAAGUGUAAUAGGUGUGCAUCCAUGUUCAUUCACCGGAAAUGAAAUAUACAAAACGAAGUACCAUCAGGUGAAUUUUUCAGUGUUCAUUCACCGGAAAUAAAAUGUACAAAAGCAAGCUACCGUUGUUUGCAUCUAAGGAGAAACACGUUGGAAAAAAACACUAUUUAUUCCUACACAAGGACUUUGAUCGGUCAAAAAAACUUGCCCAAUUUACGUUUAACGGACAAAACCUUUUUUUCUGGAUAACACCCUGAUUUUAAGUUAAAUAAAUAUACCUUUCUUUCACAACUACAUUGUUUUCAACUUAGGACCACCUUAAAUGUCCUGCUUCUCUGACCAUGACUUGUGAGAAAAAACCUUGAAAAUCCAUUCCAUUUAAGGUGGUCCUAAGUUGCGAUGAUGUAAUUACCGGAAAGGUCUAUUGGGAAUGCAAAUAUUAUAUAAUAUUUAUAGACCCUUGCUUUGUUUACGUUUUCUGGUAGCAAAGAUUUCUUUAAAACCUUCCAAGUGAGAGUUUUAUUAUUAUUGUUCGUUGCAACCAUGCGUAAUGUGUAUCAUGAUAUGCAUAUAAAUGAUGAUAUAUAUUUCACUGAUAUUUGUUGAAUGGAGAUAUUUAAUGUUUCACGACCAACAACAAAACGAUAAAACAACUUACCUUUUGCAGCAAGUUCUAUUGGGUUGUUUCAAUAAGGUUCUAUGCUUUAAAUUUUUAAAUAAUAACCUUCGAACGACAGCCAUCUUGGAUCUGAAUGAAAUACUUCAUGUAAGUGUUUUCAGCAGAGCCGCUGACGUGCCGCACACGAGAGAAACUUGCUGAGCCACAGGCGGCCCAGACGUGUAUUAGUGUAUAGUAAAUAUAUCAUUAUAGAAUAUACUACACAGUAAAAUUUGUAAUGAAUUUUAUAUUUUAAAAUCAUAUUUACUUGCCUACUUUGAUUGUAUGUGAUCGAUUUCUGAGCGACUUUACAUUCGAUGCCUGCGACUGUCUUCAUAGGUGAUAGUAUUGAAAGCAAAGGCUAACGAUUCCAGUUCUCAAACAGCCGACACGAACAAUUCAAAUCGAAAAAUAUCCCCUUCAAAUUGCUUUCUUCGCGGUAAAACUUCGCCAGCGUAUAGAAUAAACACCCAUCCUCGAACAUACAAAGCAAUAUUAACACGUCCUAUAACUUUUGCAAUGGAUUUUUAGCGAAAUGUUUCGAGACUAAAAUUCUAUGGAACUUAGAAAGCCCGAUAAUUACUACGGCGCCUGCUUGGCCACCUAGCCUCCUUUACCGUUUGGAUUUUCAGGGGGGGGGAUCGAAUAAAAAAUACCGACUGUUUACAAUAUUUGAAAUCUGAUAUUGUAAUUUAUCAACAACAAAACUCUUUUCGAUCGUAUACAGCAACAACAGCCAGCAAAUCAAUGCCGCGAUAGCGACGGUUUACUAUAUUUGAAAUCUGAUAUUGUAAUUUGCAAAAGCUAUCUUUCUAUCUUAUACUAUACGAUCGAUCGAUCGAAAGAGUUUUGUUGUUGAUAAAUUACAAUAUCAGAUUUCAAAUAUUGUAAACAGUCGGUAUCGCGGUGUUGAUUGGCUGGCUGUUGCCGGAAAUAGGUGUUUUUUAUUCGAUCCCCCCCUGAAAAUCCAAACGGUAAAGGAGGCUAGGUGGCCAAGCAGGUGCCGUAGUAAUUAUCGGGCUUUCUAAGUUCCAUAGAAUUUUAGUCUCAAAACAUUUCGCUAAAAAUCCAUUGCAAAAAUUAUAGAACGUGUUAAUAUUGCAUUGUAUGUUUGAAGAUGGGUGUUUAUUCUAUACGCUGGCGAAUUUUUCCCGGGAACAAAGCAAUUUGAAGGGGAUAUUUUUCGAUUUGAAUUGUUCGUGUCGGCUGUUUGAGAACUGGAAUCGUUAGCCUUUGCUUUCAAUACUAUCACCUAUGAAGACAGUCGCAGGCAUCGAAUGUAAAGUCGCUCAGAAAUAAAAGACGAUCACAUACAAUCAAAGUAGGCAAGUAAAUAUGAUUUUAAAAUAUAAAAUUCAUUCAUUCAUUAAAAUAUAAAAUUCAAACAAAUUUUACUGUGUAGUAUAUUCUAUAAUGAUACAUUUACUAUACACUAAUACACGUCUGGGCCGCCUGUGGAUAGCUCUAGAUGUUAGUUCCAAACUGUUCUCCCUAGAGGUCCAGUAAGGAUAAUCUCUUAUUGAUCCAGUGUUACUACACGAGGAAACCUAAACUAAACUAACUUUAUUUAUACUGGAUAGCUCUAUCAGUUCUAAACUGUUCUCCCUAGAGAUCCAGUAAGGAUUAUCUCUUACUGAUCCAGUGUUACUACAGGAGGAAACCUAAACUAAACUAACUUUAUUUACACUGGAUAGCUCUAUCAGUUCUAAACUGUUCUCCCUAGAGAUCCAGUAAGGAUUAUCUCUUAUUGAUCCAGUGUUACUACAGGAGGAAACCUAAACCAAACUAACUUUGUUUAUACUGGAUAGCUCUACCUGCAGUUCUAAACUGUUCUUCCUAGAGGUCCA